AUGAAAUCCUUGCCGUGGACCUCGUGUCGAGUCAGAGCCAAGCCCUACGACAGCGUAGCCCUAACCAGGGGCCAAAUACGCUCUGUACGGAAAGCAGCAGAGAUCUAUAAUAUCUCACGGUCAACUCUUCAAAAUAGAAUCAACGGCAUGCCAUAUCGAGCUGAAAAACGCGCCAAUAACCAUAAAUUAACUCAAUCUGAGGAGGAUUCGCUUGUCAAAUGGGUUCUUGAUUUAGAUCGACGUGGAUUACCUCCCCGGCACUCUCUCGUACGAGAAAUGGCUAAUUAUAUGCUUUUACAACGUGGCAAUCAACAAGUUGGUGAGAAUUGGGUAACCAAGCUGACUAAACGCCGUCCAGAGAUCGAUUCGAAGUUCUCACGAAGAUAUAACUAUGAACGCGCUAAAUGCGAAGAUCCGAAGAUAAUCCGGGAACAUUUUGAUCGCGUACGAGCUGCUAUAUUGGAGUAUGGGAUCUUACCAGAAGAUAUUUACAAUUUUGAUGAGACUGGCUUUGCUAUGGGACUCUGCUCAUCUGCAAAGGUUAUUACUGGAAGCGAUCGAUAUGCACGGCCAAAGCUUUUACAGCCUGGGAAUCGAGAAUGGGUGACUGCAAUUGAGGCAACAAAUUCAACUGGAUGGGCUGUUCCUUCGUACAUUAUUUUCAAGGCAAAGAAAAACGUACGAUUAGGCUGGUUUGAUGAUCUUCCAAGUGAUUGGAGGAUCAAUAUUAGCGAGAAUGGUUGGACUACAGAUCAAAUAGGAUUAGAAUGGCUUACAACCCAUUUUAUUCCCUAUAUUAAUGAUCAAUUUGAUCGUAUAUGCACUGAGAAUAAUAUUAUUCCAAUCUGCAUGCCACCUCAUUCUUCACAUAUAUUACAGCCUCUUGAUGUUGGCUGUUUUGCUGUUUUAAAACGGCAUUAUGGGCAGCUUGUUGAGCAACGAAUGAGGCUUGGAUUCAACCAUAUCGACAAAAUGGACUUUUUAAUGGCAUUUCCACAGGCUCGUACGGUGGCAUAUAAAGCUCAAACUAUUCGGAAUAGCUUCACAGCCACUGGAUUAGUGCCUUUUAAUCCGGAUCGAGUUAUUCAACAACUUAAUAUUCAAUUAAAAACACCAACACCCCCUCCGAGUCGAUCAAGCAAUACACAAUCAUCUUGCUUACAAACCCCUCAAAAUAUACGCCAAUUUGUACGCCAGUCAACUACAAUUACGAAACGUAUAAAUGAGCGUACAGGAAGCCCAAAUCAAGUGAUUGAUCAAGCAAUUAUGCGGAUGUCAAAGGCCUAUGAAACGACUAUGAAUGAUCUUGUACUCGUACAGAAAGAAAACCGUGAUUUACGAGCUGCGCAUGGCAAAGAGAAACAAAAACGCCAAAAAUCUAAGAAACAGAUAUCUAUUGAGCAUGGGAUUACUGGCGAAGAAGCUCAAGCGCUCGUACAAGAUCAGGUUGAGGCAUCUCAAGCUGUUACUACUGCUCCGGGUGAGCCGGAGCUCCCAGCUUCUCAAGCAGUCGUACGCCGCCAAUUUCGCUGCAGUGGUUGUGGUGUUGAAGGACAUAAAAUUAAUCGAUGUCCUAAUCGUACUAGUAGUUAG